AAUACCUGGCAACCCAUCUCCCGGCUACAUUGAUAAUAGGCAGAGAGGCGGAGCGACGCUAGUGUCUUGGUAGAUUCUGGAACCUCAUGCCCACUAUGGAGAAAGUAUCACAACUGAAAGAUCAAGGUAACAAAGCGCUGAGCGCAGGAAAUGUUGAGGAGGCGGUUAAGUGCUACACAGAGGCCCUGGCGUUAGACCCUUCCAAUCACGUCCUCUUCAGCAACCGCUCUGCCGCCUAUGCCAAGAAGGGCGAUUAUGACAAUGCCCUGAAAGAUGCCUGCCAAACAAUCAAGAUCAAGCCGGACUGGGGCAAGGGUUACUCGAGAAAAGCUGCUGCUUUGGAGUUUCUUGGGCGACUAGAGGAUGCCAAAGCGACCUAUCAGGAGGGGUUACGUCAAGAGCCGUCCAAUCAGCAACUCAAGGAGGGACUUCAGAACAUGGAAGCACGGUUAGCAGAGAGGAAGAUGAUGAACCCAUUUUCCAUUCCCAACUUGUAUGAAAAGCUGGAGGGUGACUCUCGAACCCGAGCGCUGCUGUCGGACCCCAGCUACAGGGAGUUGCUGGAGCAGCUCAGGAACAAGCCCUCAGAGCUUGGCACUAAACUGCAGGACCCUCGUGUGAUGACCACUCUCUCAGUGCUGCUGGGGCUGGAUCUGUCUGGCAUGGAUGAAGAUGACGAACCGACUCCGCCCCCUCCUCCUAAACCCAAAGAGACAGCUCCGCCCCCUCCCAAACAGGAAGACCUGCCAGAGAACAAGAGAAUGGCUGUGAAGGAGAAGGAGCUGGGAAACACUGCAUAUAAGAAGAAAGAUUUUGAUACUGCACUGAAGCACUAUGAAGAAGCUCUAAAGCACGAUCCCACCAACAUGACCUAUCUUUCAAACCAAGCAGCUGUACAUUUUGAAAAGGGGGAUUUUGAGAAGUGCAGAGAGCUUUGUGAGAAGGCCAUUGAGGUGGGCAGAGAGAACCGAGAAGACUACAGACAGGUUGCCAAGGCAUAUGCCAGGAUUGGUAACUCCUAUUUUAAGCAGGAGAAGUACAAAGAGGCGGUCCAGUUCUUUAACAAGAGUCUGACAGAGCAUCGCACACCUGACGUCCUCAAGAAAUGCCAACAGGCUGAGAAGUUUUUGAAGGAUCAGGAGAAGCAGGCCUACAUCAAUACAGAUUUGGCUCUUGAAGAGAAAAACCAGGGCAAUGAUGCCUUCCAGAAAGGUGACUAUCCUUUGGCCAUGAGACAUUACUCCGAGGCCAUCAAGAGAAACCCUUAUGAUGCAAAACUCUUCAGCAACAGAGCUGCCUGCUACACCAAACUACUGGAGUUCCAGCUGGCCCUUAAGGACUGUGAGGAGUGCAUCAAACUGGACCCUAACUUCAUUAAGGGUUACACACGCAAGGGAGCAGCACUGGAGGCUAUGAAGGACUUCUCUAAAGCAAUGGAUGUGUACCAGAAAGCUCUAGAUCUCGAUUCCAACUCAAAGGAGGCCACAGAGGGUCUGCAACGCUGUAUGAUGAGCCAUGCAACACGUAACGACAGUCCAGAGGAUGUGAAGCGGAGGGCCAUGUCCGACCCAGAGGUGCAGCAGAUCAUGAGUGAUCCUGCCAUGCGCAUGAUCUUAGAGCAGAUGCAGAAAGACCCACAGGCCCUCAGCGAUCAUCUAAAGAACCCUGUCAUCGCUCAGAAAAUUCAGAAACUGAUAGAUGUUGGGCUAAUAGCUAUUCGGUGAUCCAAGGAAACCAGAAGAAAACCAGGACAUUUUUCAUCUCCAGAACAACAACAGAAGAAUACGAAGGAUGGCGGCAUUCCAAAUUAUUUACUUCAUCAAAUUUAACAGGCACUCUUACCCUUCUCCUCCCAAUCGUCCCAAUAGGAAUGUAUUUUUUUUAAAGCCUUAAUUGGAUUGAAAAUGCAACGGUCUUUCCUCUGCACUACAUUCACUAGUGUCAGUUGUACAAGUCGUGGUUUUCAGGCGUUACAGUGUUACAGAACGAAAAGAUCUAGCCAGAGUGUUAAAAGAGUAGUUUUGAGCCUUCAUAUUAAAAGCUUUUUUUUUUUUAUUCAUUUUUUACAUCUCAAUAUUUGCCAUUAUUAUUAUUUUUUCAUUUUAGUAUAAUUUCAUAAUGCUUAAAUGCAGAUAUGUCAUUCUGAAUCUGUCCUCUUUAUGAUUUUUGUACUUGUUUUUUCCCCCUGCUUUGGAGGAGAAGAGGGGAGUGGAGCGAUAUGACAUUAGCUUGCCAUCAGUGAUUAAUUUUCACAUAGUAGGCCUGUUAGAAAUCUGUCUGUCUCUGAAUCUGAAUGCUUUGCUAUUAUUGUACUAUAUAAUGCACUUCUAUGUGUGGGGAAGAGGUUCACCGCUCAGAGGGCUUGUUCAAGCUAAAUCGCCUCUCACCUGUUUCGCUUCAGUUCAUACUUUGCGAUCGAUUAACUGACUGUGAUUUCAGCAUCACCAUAUUGAAAUGCAACAUCAGUUUAAUAAAGUUCUGGAUCCAUGAA